AAAAAAGCAGAGAUUCAACACAGUCAACACAAUCAUUUCGUAAUGUGGGAGUCUGAUCUCACCCGUGAGGUGGAGGAGUUUCACCUCGGAUGAUUCUGGGAUAAUGCAGGGCUGGACUUGGCGAAGGUACAGCCCGCUGAUGGGGGAGAGCGGGACAGGCUCCAGGCUGGCCCCGAAACCAGUACCAAACCCCUUCUGAAGAGCUACGGCAUCUGCACGCUGAGCCUCAGUGCCCAGGGCAAGGAGCUGUUACAGGGGCUCCAGCUUCCAGUUGGGCAAGGCCCCUCACACAGAGUGGCUUUCAGCAGUGAGAAAGAAACAAGAAGUCCAUCUGGAAACGUUUUGGAAAUAAAGGCAAGCAGCAUGAAUGUGAAGAAGUACUUUGUUCGGGCCCUGCACCGCCUGCAGAAGGGCCCUGGCUACACCUACAAGGAGCUGCUGGUCUGGUACUGUGACAACACCAACACCCACGGCCCGAAGCGCAUCAUCAAAGAGGGGCCAAAGAAGAAAUUAAUGUGGUUCUUCCUAACGCUGCUCUUUGCAUCUCUGGUCUUCUGGCAGUGGGGUAUCCUCAUCAAUACCUACCUCUCCUACAAUGUCACUUCAUCUCUCUCUAUUGGCUUUAAGACCAUGAAGUUCCCAGCAGUCACGGUCUGCAAUGCCAACCCUUUCAAAUACUCAGAGGUGAAGCACCUGCUGAAAGACCUGGACAUGCUCAUUGAAGCAGCACUAGAGAGGAUCUUGCAGCCCGUGCCGGGGAACAGCAGCCAGAACACUUCACUGUCACUCAACCUGGAGCUCUGGAACCAGAUACCCCUGGUCCUUAUCGAUGAGCAUGACAAAGACAACCCCAUCAUCCUGGACAUCUUUGAGAGCAACCGUACUGCUGAGGGCAGUGAAACCUCUGUGGGCAACAAAACCUCUGCAGGCAACCAAAUGGCUGAGGGCAAACAAACUUCUGAAGUCAACCAAAGGACUGAGGGCGAUGAAACCUCAGUGUACAACCAAACAGCUGAGGGCAACCAAAUGUCUACAGGCAACCAAACAGAUACUCCACUGGCCCCAGACAGCCUGGCAUCAGAAGAAAAGAAGUACAAGCUGGCAGUGAAGCUGUGCAGCUAUCAGGGCUCCAACAACUGCACCUACCGCAACUUCUCCAGCGCAGCGCAGGCGGUGUCCGAGUGGUACAUCCUGCAGUCCACCAGCAUCCUCUCCAAAGUCCCACUGCAAGAGAGAAUCAGGAUGGGCUACCAGGCAGAAGACAUGAUCCUGGCAUGUCUCUAUGGCGCUGAACCCUGCAACUACAAGAAUUUCACCCAAAUCUAUCACCCAGACCACGGUAACUGCUACAUCUUUAACUGGGGCAUGGAUGAAGAGGCUCUGAAUUCUUCCAACCCUGGAGCAGAGUUUGGGCUGAAGUUAAUCCUGGACAUCAGCCAGCAAGACUAUAUUCCCUACCUGUCAUCCGCUGCUGGGGCCAGGCUCAUGCUGCACCAACAGAAGAGCUUCCCCUUCCUCAAGGAUCAGGGCAUCUAUGCAAUGGCUGGGACAGAAACCUCCAUAGGAGUGCUAGUGGAUGAACUAGAACGGAUGGGCUAUCCCUACAGUGACUGCACCAAUAACGGGUCUGAUGUCCCUGUAAAAAAUCUCUAUAGCCAGUAUAAUACUUCCUAUUCCAUACAGGCUUGCCUACGCUCUUGUUUCCAAAAUCACAUGAUUGAAAUCUGUGGAUGUGGUCACUAUAUGUUUCCUUUACCUGAAGGGGUAAAUUAUUGCAAUAAUGAAGAUAACCCAGGCUGGGCAUAUUGCUAUUCAUCCCUGAGAUCAAGUAUAAGGCAGAGACAGAUCUGUAUUGACUCUUGUAAGGAAACAUGCAACGACACGCAGUAUAAGAUGACCAUCUCCAUGGCAGACUGGCCAUCUGAAGCUUCAGAGGACUGGAUUUUCCAUAUUCUGUCUUAUGAAAGGGAUAUGUCAACAAAUGUGACUCUGGAUAGAAAUGGGAUCAUCAAGCUGAACAUUUACUUCCAGGAGUACAACUACCGCACCAUCUCAGAGUCUGCUGCCACAACGAUUGUUUGGCUGCUGUCAAGCCUGGGAGGCCAGUUCGGGUUCUGGAUGGGGGGCUCAGUGCUCUGCCUCAUUGAGUUUGGGGAAAUCAUCAUCGACUCGCUGUGGAUCACCAUUAUUCACGUGAUCAGCUGGUGCAAAGGCCUGAAGCAGAAGCGGGCACAGGCACAGUAUCCGAACGCGCCACCGACGGUAUCGGAGCUGGUGGAGGCUCACACCAACCUGGGCUUCCAGCACGAGGACACAGGUGCCAUCCCCAGGGACGAGGCACUGCACCCUGAGCCUGGCACUCCUCCACCCAACUACGACUCACUGCGUGUGCAGCCCCUUGACAUUCUCGGUCCUGACAGCGACACUGAAACCGAGUGAGUGGCGUGUCCCAGCACCUCCUGACAGCGCCAACAGCAGCCACCAUCGCCAUGCUCAGUUCCACGCUGGCUGAGCAACCUGUUGAAAUUAGGGAGGAACUAACAAGCCCUGUCUGUCCUCCCCUCCCUGACUGUCCACUGUGAAGAAGCUCUGUCUAAUAAACCCCGCAAUAAACCCCACAGAGUUGGCAUCAG